AGAGAGAGAGAGAGAGAGAGAGGGGAAAAAAGAGGGGGACAGAGAAGUGCAGUUGCAUUCCUGGAGAGAGAGAUCCCUGCCCCUUCCUCCUCCUUCCUCCUCCUUCCUCUCUCUCUUCCAUCCUGCUCUUCCAGCCGGCGGCGGCAGAGAGGGAUUUGUGAACCCGGGCUGCAGAUGCAGGGAGCAGGGCUGCAGAGUGAAACACACACUGGUAGCCCAUACGGAAGUUGUGGAAAGGAGGCUCGGCGCUUAUUUUAAACGCAUUCGUAGGAGUUUAGACUUUGUCUCUCGGUCUCUCACAUUUCAUUUUUGGGAAAGUUUACUUUCUGGGAUUGUUUCAUCCGUGUGGUGGUCAUGGGCUCCGUGCGCACACUCCCGGCCGGCCGGACAGCGCUGCUUCUGGCGGGGCUGCUUGUGGUUCUGUGGCAGAGCUGCGGAGCAGGUUGUCCGGAGAGAGAGUUGGAAGACAGGGAAGAGGAGGCUAACGUAGUUUUGACCGGCACUGUGGAUGAAAUCAUUAACAUGGACCCGGUGCAUAACACCUACUCCUGCAAGGUCAGAGUGUGGCGCUACCUAAAAGGAAAGACCAGCAUCAACCGAGAGAUCCUCCUGGACGGCGGGAACAAGGUGAUGAUUGGCGGCUUUGGUAACCCUGGGAUCUGCGACAACCAAGUUGCCACAGGCGACACUCGCAUUUUCUUUCUCAACCCUGCAUCGAAGUCUAUGGGACCAGAACACAAGAACGAACUCAUGCUCAACUCCAGUCUGAUGAGGAUUACCCUGCGUAACCUGGAGGACGUGGAGCACUGCGUAGAAGACAAACCUCCUCACUUCACACCGGCGCAGCCUCUUGAUGGCUGCAGAGGGAUGCUGUGUGGCUUUGGCGCUGUGUGUGAACGUGACCCGACAGACCCCACCAAGGCGGAGUGUGUCUGCAAAAGAGUGGAAUGUCCAUCGUUGGUUGCUCCUGUGUGUGGCUCUGAUUCAUCCACCUACUCCAACGAGUGUGAGCUUGAGAAAGCUCAAUGCAACACACAGCGACGCAUCAAGGUGCUGCGCAAGGGACCAUGCUCUCUGAGGGACCCCUGCUCCGACGUGACCUGCAGCUAUGGCAGCACCUGCGUCCAGUCCUCAGACGGCCUCUCGGCUAAAUGCAUGUGUCCCCUCGGCUGUGAGGGCAAACCCGAGCAGACGGUGUGUGGCAGUGAUGGGAAGGACUACCGCAACGAGUGUGAGCUCCAUCAGCAUGCAUGCAAGAACCAGAAGAACAUUCGAGUGCAAUACCAGAGCCUCUGCGACCCUUGCAAGGACAAUGAGAACAGUGUGAACAACAUGUGCCGGGUGGAAGAUAUCACCCGACAGACCCUCCUCUUCAGCCCACCAGAGUCCUGCCCCCUGGAUAACGAGCCGCUGUGUGCCAGCGACGGACAAACCUACUCCAACGAGUGUGUCAUGAGGUCUUCUGGCCUGCAGAAAGGCAUCAAACUCAAAAAGAUCCACGCAGGACGAUGCAGAAGGCUGGAUGCCUGUAAAGAGGAGUGUCUCUUCAACGCAGUGUGUCUGGUGGAUCAGCUGAACACCCGCUGCUCCUGCGAUCCAAUCGAGUGUGAUGGUACCUACAAGCCUCUGUGCGGCAAGGAUGGCCGCACCUACACCAACGACUGUGUGAGACGCAAGGCAGAGUGCGUGAGCAGGACUCUCAUCCCCAUCAAGCACCCAGGGCCCUGUGAUCUCAACGAACCAAGCCCCUGUUUGGAUAAGGAAUGCGAACACGGGGCGGUGUGCGUGGUUAAGAACAACGAGCCGGUGUGCGAGUGCCCUGAGGCCUGCCCGCAAACGUCUGACCCGGUGUGCGGAUCGGACGGCCAAAGCUACGGCAGCCCCUGUGAGAUGAGGGCGAUGGGCUGUGCCCUGCAGAGAGCCAUUCAUAUUCAACACAAAGGACCCUGUGAUGAAGCUUGUGCCAACUGCUCUUUCGGGGCAAUCUGCGAUGCUCAGAGCGGACAGUGUCUGUGUCCAUCGGAGUGUGUGAACUCCCACCAGCCCGUGUGUGGCAGCGAUGGCGUCACCUACCAAAGCGAAUGUGACCUGCACGUGAAGGCCUGCAAUGAACAGAUGGACAUCCGAGUGGUCAGCCAGGGAGAGUGCAAGACAUGCGGCAGCACAGUGUGUGCCUGGGGAGCCCGGUGUGUCCAGAAUAAGUGUGAGUGCCCGCAGUGCAUAGGCGAGGCCCUCUCUGUGGUGUGCGGAAGUGAUGGCACCACCUACAACAACGAGUGCGAGCUCCGUCUGUCAUCCUGCAUGCAGAAGAAGAGGAUUGAUGCUGCGAAGCCAGGCAGCUGUGAUGAAGACUGCGGCUCAGGAGGGUCGGGCUCAGGCGCGGAGAGCUGCGAACAGGACCGCUGUCGCACGUUCGGAGGCUCAUGGGACGAGGAUGCCGAGGACGAUCGAUGUGUGUGUGACUUCAUCUGCCAGAGCGUGCCCAACAACCAGGUUUGUGGCUCAGAUGGAAAAACCUACAGCAACGAGUGCGAGCUGAAGAAGGCCAGAUGUGAGAAACAAGAGCACUUGUUGAUUCAGAAUCAGGGACCCUGUACAGCAAUUUCAGCCAAAUCUCUCCCUGAGCCGACAGAACUCCAGCACUGCAGUGAGUCUGUGUACGGCUGCUGCCUCGACAACUUGACGACUGCCCUGGGAGUCGGGCUGGCCGGAUGUCCCAGUACCUGCCAGUGUAACAGCUACGGCUCAUACAAAGGGACGUGUGACCCAACCUCCGGUCAGUGCUCCUGUAAGCCGGGUGUCGGGGGGCAGAAAUGCGACCGCUGUGAGCCGGGUUUCUGGAACUUCCGUGGCAUUGUGACCGAGAACAUGAGUGGCUGCACGCCGUGUAACUGUGACGCCACAGGCUCAGUCCGGGACGACUGCGAGCAGAUGUCAGGUCUGUGUUCCUGCAAGACGGGAGUGAAGGGCAUGAAGUGCAACGUGUGUCCAGAUGGAAGCAAGAUGGGCAUGAAUGGCUGCGACAAAGGUCCUGAGGCCCCGACUUCGUGUGAGGAGCUGGUGUGCAACUACGGAGCGUCUUGCAUUGAAGUGAACGGCCAAGCUCACUGCGAGUGUCCGUCACCUGACUGCGAGGAGAAAAACAAAACCAAGGUGUGCGGCUCAGAUGGGGUGACCUAUGCCGACCAGUGCCAGCUGAGGACCAUCGCCUGCAGACAGGACAAGGACAUCACUGUGCAGCACUUUGGACAGUGCACAGAAACCAUCUCUGAGCCAGCCGACAGACCCACCCCCAACCCCUUUGCCACCACCGUCGCUGCCACCAUCACCACCCCCGCACCUUUCCUCCCUAAAAUGGUGUGGGCCAUCCCGCCUCCGAGGACGGAGGAGACAGAAGCAACAGAGCAGCCCCCAGCCUCCACCCCCCUUUCAGCCAUCACCCACAACAGUGCGCGAGCAAACCACCAACACCCCAUCCAUUCCAAGCCGCCGCAGUCCACCGCAGCCUCCACCACCUCCUCCCAUCGCAGCAGCCCUGCCCCCCCAUCCGCCGCCACCUCCUUCGAGGGCUCGGGCAGCGGGGAGCCGAGCGGGGAUGACCAGACGGAGGAAGAGGAUGAGCCAGAAGAGGAAACAGGUAGCGGUGUCCCAACGGAGGCCAGUGGGGCAGAGGAGCCUGUCGGUCCCACAGUCGCAAGCACCACCGUUCCCACAGUGGAGGACCGGUCAACAUGUGACAACACCGAGUACGGCUGCUGCCCCGAUGGCAAGACACCAUCCAGCACUCCAGAGGGCGCCAACUGCCCCUCAACCAUGAAGUUCAGCGGUUUCCUGCACUUGGAUCAGGUGGAGGGUCAGGAGAUCUUCUACACCCCAGAGAUGGAGGACCCCAAGUCGGAGCUGUUUGGAGAGACGGCCCGCAGCAUUGAGAGCGCUCUCAAUGAGUUGUUCAGGAAGUCGGAGGUGCGCAAAGACUUUAUGAGCGUUCGUGUCCGCACCCUGGCUCCCAGCAAUUCCAUCCUCGCCUUUGUGGAGGCGCACUUCAAACCAGACACAAAGAACACAGUGGAGGACAUCGAAGGAGCCCUGCUCAAACAGCUGAAGGCCUCCAAAGACACCAGCAUCGCCGUGAAGAAGCCAGAGGACGAGAAUAUCCGCUUCACCAAUUAUGGCCUCUCACCCAUCUUCACCACCACAACCACCACCACCACAGCCUCAGUCACCACAGCUGCUGCCACUACAGAUGCCCCAACCACCACCACAACCACCACCAGGCCUCCCCCAACCACCGCCUACUUCACCCGCCGGCCUUACAACAGCAGGAGGAUCACCACGACUGCAGUGCCAGUCACUACUACCCGACCCAUCAACACAAAAACAGAAGCUGUCCGCACGACACCGCCGCCUCCAGCCACCACCACCGCCCACAUCAGAGGCAGGCCGCACCACAGGGGUCAGAAGCCAUGCAGCUCCCACCCCUGUCUCCACGGGGGCACCUGUGAGGACGAAGGCAGCGACUUCAGCUGCAAGUGUCCCGCCGGGCGAGGAGGAUCUGUGUGUGAGAAGGUGAUACAUUACUUCAUCCCCUCAUUCGGAGGACAGUCGUACCUGGCUUUCCAGACAAUGAGUGCCUAUCACACAGUCCGCAUCGCCAUGGAGUUCAGGGCCUCAGAGAUGACCGGCAUCCUGCUCUACAACGGCCAGGAGGGCAAGAAGGACUUUAUCUCUCUGUCCCUGGUCAACGGCAAAGUGGAACUCAAGUUCAACACGGGUUCAGGAACCGGCACGGUGGUCAGCAAAGUGGAGAUCACCCCUGGUCGCUGGCAUCAGCUGGUGGUGACACGCAACCGCCGCAACGCCAUGCUGAGUGUAGACAACGAGCAGCACAUUGAAGGAGAGAGUCCACGCGGCACAGACGGCCUCAACCUGGACACUCAUCUGUUUAUUGGAGGAGUUCUGGAGGAAAUGAGGACCGAUGUGAGGGAGAGGACCGGAGUGUCCACUGGCCUCGUCGGCUGCAUCCGCCUGCUCGACGUCAACAACCGUAUGUUGAACCUGCAGGAGAGCGGCGGUGACAGUCUGUACGGCAGCGGUGUAGGUGAAUGUGGGAACAACCCCUGCCAACCCAAUCCCUGCAAGAACAGUGCUGCGUGCCAGGUCAAGGAAGCAGAGAUGUUCCACUGCAAGUGCAGCAAGGGAUUCUGGGGUCCAACUUGUGCUGAUGUCCAUGACCCAUGCGAGCCCAACAGGUGCCAUCCGUCUUCUCAGUGCCAGGCGCUGCCCGAGGGAGGCUACAAAUGCGAGUGUCCCAUGGGACGUGAAGGCAAGCACUGCGAGAAAGUGGCUGAGAGGAGAGGGGCUUACAUGCCGUUAUUCGAUGGAGACUCUUACCUGGAGCUGAAGGGGCUCCAUCUGUACGGGCAUGACCUGCGUCAAAAGCUCAGCAUGACGGUGAUUCUCAUGGCCAACGACUCCAACGGUUUGAUCUUCUACAACGGGCAAAAAUCAGACGGCAAAGGAGACUUCAUCUCUCUGUCACUCAACAACGGGAUCCUGGAGUUCCGCUACGACCUCGGGAAGGGACCUGCUACCAUCAGGAGUAAAGAACCAAUCCAGCUCAACGUGUGGAACACCAUCAACCUGGAGCGCUCCAACCGCAAAGGAGAGAUCAUGGUGAACAAGAAGGAUCCAGUUCGAGGAGAAGCACCGAACCUGCACGUAGAUCUUAACCUGAAAGAGUCUCUGUUUGUUGGUGGAGCUCCUGAUUACAGCCGACUGGCGAGAAGCGCAGCACUUACAGAGGGAUUCAAGGGAACAAUCCAGAAGAUUAUCCUGAUGGGCACCCCCAUCCUCAGGGAGGAGAACGCCCAGCGCUCCAGUAACAUCGCCAUGUUCACAGUGCACCCAUGUGCCCAAGAGCCCUGCCACAACGGCGGCCGCUGCAACCCCCAGCUGGACACCUACGAGUGUGUGUGCCUGAGUGGAUUCUCAGGGGUACACUGUCAGAACACAAUCUACGAGAAGUCUGCAGGAGACACCGAAGCCAUCGCCUUUGACGGGCGGACGUUCAUCGAGUACCACAACGCUGUUACAAAGAGUGAGAAAGCUCUGCUGGUGAACAAAUUCGAGCUGAGCAUCCGCACAGAGGCGACGCAGGGUCUGGUGCUAUGGAGCGGGAAGGGCGUGGAGCGAUCUGACUACAUCGCCCUGGCCAUCGUGGACGGACACGUCCAGAUGACAUACGACUUGGGCUCCAAGCCGGUGGUGCUGCGCUCCUCGGUGCGUGUCGACACCAACCGCUGGAUACGCAUCAAGGCCAGCAGAGCACUUAGAGACGGCUCUCUACAGGUCGGCAACGAGGCAGCAGUAACAGGGUCAUCACCUUUGGCAGCAACACAGCUGGACACAGACGGAGCGCUGUGGUUGGGUGGUCUGGAGGAGCUGGCGGUGACCCGUCGGUUGCCCAAGGCCUACAGCACCGGCUACGUUGGCUGCAUCAAGGACGUGGUGGUGGACGGCGUGGAGCUUCACCUGGUGGAGGACGCCCUAAACAGCCCCAAAAUAUUACAAUGUUCUGCUGCCAAAUAACCCGGCGGAGACAAAAUAUUAAGAAAAUCAAAAAAAAAAAGAACCCUCCCUACCCGCUCCCUCCAUAGCGCCCAUGUCUCCUGCUGUAAUUAUUUUCUAUUUUUGUAUACUUUUCAUCGCUUUUUAUAUGGAAAGAAAAUUAAUAUGUCAUUUUUGUUUGAUAUAUUUUGUUCUUUUUUCUUCUGCACCUCCACUCACAGAACACAUUUUUCUUUUCCGUACUGCUGCGGCCCUUCAUCUUUUUCAAAGCGCAGGCAUCUCUGUGAAAAACAGAGAUUUUAUUCUUGUCAGUUUUGUUGUUUUAGAACAAACGCCAACUUAAAAAAAAGCCUGUCCCCUUUUUCUCGCUCAUUACUUGAACAAUGGUGGACCUCACAGAUGAUCUCUGGUUGCUGCCUUGUCUUGGUGCCAUAUCUAUCGUCCACAUUCCCCAAGCAUGGCCUAUAUAUCCAUGAUUAUAUAGACAUACAUUCCCUGAGAGAGCUGGACGCAGCGCAGCCUGCUGUGUGCACUUCUUUGAUGCUGCAGCCAGCUAGCUCCAGUCAACAAACUCUGUAUUCAGCCCACUGUAUUUUCCUAAUGGGACUUUUCUGAUAUCAGUCAAGCUGCUACAGUGAGAAAGUACACUUUCGUUACCACUCAAUCAACCCCCAUCUCACAGCGCCCAAAAAAGAAAAACCCUCCUGUCUCAAUCUGAACCCCAUCAGAGCCUUUAGUUUUGAAAUAUGAGUCACUAACCCUGCAAGCCGACAUGACGGAGACAGAGAGAGCGCUGCGUUCCACGAUGACUUGCAUAUCAUUAGUCAUAAGUCAAGAAAUGAAUCAUAGACAUGAAUAAAUGUUAUAAAUAUAGAGUAUAUAAAUAAUACCUGAGACUGUGAAUAUGUAAGAUGGGUUCUCUUUGGAGAAUUGUGCUUCUCAUGUACUAUUGUGCGUUCUGUUUUACAAUCAACAGAUGAACUAAUGAUGACCACUAUAAAUGCAUGCACUUCUGCAGUGUUGGUUUGAAUCUGGUUUUUGUUUUGUUUGUUUUUAUAUUCACUUUUUGUUCAAAAAUACUUUCUUAUCGGGAAAAUGUCGCUGUUUGGGGGUUUGUUUGGUUUUUGCAAUGACUUUAAAGGGUUCCUUUUUUUCUCUUAUCUCCACUGACGUGAUUUCAGAAUCUACAGAGCUCAGAAUAAUGUUUUAUAUCUGUUCAUUCCCUGUAUCGUUUUUGACCGUUUUUAUUUUUUGGGAGCAGUUAGUUUUGCAGGACUUUGAUGGUGCAUCAGGGGAAGAGUUGUUACCAUAUCUGACCUUAAGGAGGUGCUGAAAGCAAAGACUGAAGAAAAGGACAGACAGAAAGGAUGCAAAGAGGAGUGCUUCUACUCUUGGGAAUGUCCUGUCAGACAACAAUCAACACAAACACAAAAGAAGCUUAAAAAAACUCUGCUUGAGACUUAAUUUCUUUUCGUAUUUGACCUCGGAGCAUUCCUGGAGGAGUCUGUAUUCAGCUGUUUUUGAGAGAAGAGAGACUGUGAUGUUGUUGUGACCUUCAGAAGCCAUAACAGCUGCAAAAAUGGGAAAAAGAUGCAUAAUCCUACAGUACUUGCAAAUUAACAUAGCAACGCAUGGGUUUGUAUUACUAGUGCGAAUUCCGUAACAUCCAGUGAACAGAUGCAACGUGGAGUCGUUUUUGCUGAACCACAAUAAGCUGCGACGACUGACUUAAAGACUCUUGUUUUGAUAUGAGAACCUUGGCAAUAUCUUAAAGACAAAAUCAUGCUUGUUUGUGAUCGAGUAUCAAAUGGUCUUGUACUUUUUUUCCUUUUUUUCUUAAGUUGUUAAUUUUGUUUUCCUUCUUAAAUCAUCAAACAACCUGUUUUUGUACAGCCCUGCAAUUUUUAAGUGUAAAUUUAGCAAAUGUGUGAUCUGUGGAGGUUUAUGUUUUUAGUAAUAUACACUGGAACCAUUUCUGACGUGUCUGUUUGCCCACACGGCGAUAUACUCAUGUACGUGGGGGAGGGAUAUGUGUGGGUUUGAGCUCUGAGUGUCCACACCGCACCAAACACCUCUCUGGUGUCCCAGUACACAUUUAAAUUCCACUACUUACUCUAUUAAUCUCAGACUGGUCUUAUUUUACCACACGGCUCUUUGAAUUUGAUCCAUUCAGGUGGUAACACUCAAUAAAAGAGAUAAUUCUGUGUAUUUGUAUGGACUCAUGAACAAUAAGGACAGUUGCAGUCUUUGGUUUCGGUGGAAACUUUGAAUUGCCUUAAAACUGGUCACCUGGACUCCGAGCAGGUGACAAAGACGUCAUCCAUGUAACUGUCCUUACUUUAGCCAGUGUAUUAGCCUCAUCCCCAUAAUGUAAAUGAGUAUUGCAUAAUAAUAAUGACAAUUAUAUUAGUAAUAAUGCUCAUACACACAUUAAAAAAUCACAGGGGGACACUGCAACUGUCUCCUCUGGCAUUUUACAAAAACCUAUUUACUGUUUUUGAAUCUAUUUUCUGUUCCUUAUUUAUGUCUCCAUGUGGGUUACCCUCCAUGUCUGGCCUCUGUAAACUACUGUCUGACUGCAGGAAUCCUCCUCAAAUGGCAGUGCACCGAGUAAGAGUGGCAUGACCUGAGCAUUACUAACUUUAUGACCUUUGUCUUGUGUUCCUACCACCAUGAAAUAAAAAUGUCAACCAAACAGAGAA